UUAUAAUGCCAAUGAUCUCCAACCUAAAUCAGAAAAAGUCUCGCAUAUUUUUUUUAAACCAAAUAAGCAAGCAAAAGCCGCCUAAGGCCCAUUAAUCUUACCUGUUUUCUCUAUAGGAAUCUUUGGUCAUCGUCCCGAUCUUGUGGGAAACCAAGAUCAUGCUGCCCAAGGCCUUCUUCCCUCUUUCUCUUAUCACGAUCAUCACCUUCUUUUCUUAUUCUUCCCAUGUUGCUCCUGCUUCAGCCUCUUCAACAGUACAAGGAAGAGCAGAAGCAGAAGCACUGCUCAAAUGGAAAGCAACCCUCCAAAACCAAACUCAAUCUCAUCUAUCCUCAUGGACCCUUUCUCGUAGCAACGCAACCUCAACUUCAAGCCCAUGCAUGAUGAGUUGGAUAGGGAUCGGUUGCAACGAUGUGGGAAGUGUCACCCGCAUAAACCUAACAAGCAUCGGUUUGAUAGGUACGCUUCGUUACUUCAACUUCACAUCCUUUCCUAACCUAAACAGUCUUGAUCUCCACUAUAACUUGCUUUUUGGAGAAAUCCCUUCUCGUAUCAGCAACCUUUCCCAACUUUCCGUUCUAAAUCUGGGUUCCAAUCAAUUCUCUGGGAUUAUUCCUCUGGAAGUAGGAAAGUUGAUGAAUCUCAAUGUAUUAAUCUUCUCAAAUAACCUUCUUCAAGGUUCUAUUCCUUCCAAUAUAGGAUACUUGACCAAUCUUUCAGUCCUAAACCUUGGAAGCAAUCAUCUAUCUGGCUCCAUCCCACCUGAACUUGGCAAGUUAAAAUCUCUCACUGAACUUCGCUUGAAUUUGAACAACCUGACUAGUUCAAUUCCAGCGUCUUUGGGUGAUUUGAUUGGCUUGAAGGUCUUGUCUCUCUAUGGAAACCAGUUGUCUGGUCCAUUACCUGGAGAGAUCAAUAAUCUCACCAACUUGACAUUAUUCUUCUUGUCGAACAACAGCAUUUCUGGAUUUUUACCGGAAGAUAUAUGUCAUGGUGGCAUACUUGAAGAUUUUUGUGCAAGCAACAAUCGUUUUGUAGGUACUGUUCCUAAAGGCUUGAAAAACUGCACAAGCCUAACUAGACUCCGACUUGAUAGGAACAACCUCAUUGGGAAUAUAUCUCAAGACUUCGGUAUAUACCCAAAACUUGAUUACGUUGAUUUGAGCUACAACAAGUUUCUUGGCGAGAUUUCUUCAAACUGGGGAAAGUGCCAACUUCUGACGAGCUUAAAAAUCUCCAAUAAUCAAAUUACUGGAGAGAUCCCCCCGGAGCUUGGAGAAUCUACUCUUUUGCAUGUGAUUGACCUUUCUUCAAAUAAUCUUGUGGGAAAAAUUCCUUAUGAGUUGGGGAAGCUAAAAUCAUUGUUCAACUUGACUUUGAGCAACAACAAUCUUUCUGGCAGUAUUCCUCCAGAAAUCGGAACUGAUCUACCAGAUUUGACGUAUCUUGAUCUGGCAGAAAACAACCUAAGUGGUCCAAUACCCAGACAGCUUGGUGACUGCUCGAAAAUGCUGUACUUAAACUUGAGAAACAACCAUUUUAGUGAAGGCAUCCCCAUCGAAAUCGGCAAGUUGUUGUUCCUGCAAGUUCUAUUAGAUCUUAGCAGGAAUUCACUAACCGGGAAAAUCCCAUGGCAACUUGGGAACCUGGUCAAACUGGAAAUCCUGAAUCUUUCCCACAAUAAUCUUAGUGGUUCCAUCCCAUCUUCCUUCGAUAAUUUGCAGAGUAUGAGGUUGGUUGAUUUAUCCUACAAUGACUUGGAGGGUCCGAUUCCGAACAACAAAGCCUUUGAAGAAGCGAGGAGCGAAGCAUUUAGUCAUAAUAAAGACUUGUGCGGGAACCAUACUGGAUUGAAGAGUUGUCAUCCUCCUGUGCAAGAUGCCAAAGAUGGUGAUGAUCAUGUAGUCCUUUUGAUUAUCAUCCCUAUACCUGUUGCUGUAUUCUUUUUUACCACCAUAACUGGUAUGAUUUAUAUACUGAGAAAAGAAAGGAAAAAGAAAGGCAACAAACUAAGGGAUUCACAUCAAGAAAAUGUGUUUUCAAUCUGGAGCUAUGAUGGCAAAUUAGUCUUUCAAGACAUUAAGGACGCGACUGAAGGUUUCCACACCAAGUACUGCAUCGGAGUAGGAGCAACCGGAAGCGUUUAUAAAGCAGAAAUGUCAUCGGGCCAGGUUGUAGCCGUGAAGAUACUGCAGCAUGCAAUGUUGGAAGAGUGCAAGAGUUAUGAGAGUGAGAUUCGGGCACUGACAAAGAUACGCCAUAGAAACAUCGUGAAGCUUCAUGGUUUCUGUUCACAUGCUCAGCAAUCUUUUCUGAUAUAUGAAUACUUGGAGAGAGGAAGCAUGGCUAAAAUCCUUAGCAAUAUGGGAAAAUCAAAGGAAUUAGAUUGGAUCAAACGAAUCAACAUCGUUAAAGGGUUUGCUAAUGCUCUCUGCUACAUGCAUCAUGAUUGCAGGCCGCCGAUAAUUCAUCGAGACAUCUCGAGCAACAAUCUAUUGCUGGAUACAGAUUAUGAAGCUCAUGUGUCUGACUUUGGCACUGCAAGAGUUGUGAAGCUUGAUUCAUGUAACUGGACAGGACUUGCUGGAACAUAUGGAUACAUUGCUCCAGAGCUUGCUUACACAAUGAAGGUAACUGAGAAAUGUGACGUGUAUAGCUUUGGGGUGGUGACACUGGAAAUAAUUGUGGGACAUCAUCCUGGAGAGCUGAUAUGCUCUCUUUCAAGUAGUACUAGUUCAAUGUCAUCUUCUUCAUCACCAGCAUCGUCUUUUUCGCCAUUCAAUCCCCACAGUAUGCUACUGAAGGAUAUGUUGGACAAGCGUAUAGCAACUCCUCAGGCCGAAAUUGCUGAUGAAGUGAUCACAAUUGUUAAACUGGCAUUCUCAUGCAUUAAUGCAAAUCCAGAUCUUCGGCCAACCAUGGAGCGUGUAUCUCAAGAGCUAUCAACUCGUAGGCAAUCCUUCUCUGAGUCAUUUGACAUGGUCACAUUAAGACAGCUGAUGAAUCUUGAUCACGAGGAUUGACACAGGCCAGCAAGAUCAGGAAGCCCCUCUAAAAUGCCUACAGUACUGUAUAUAUGCAUCAUGCAUGUACGCAACUUAUAAGUAAACUUAUUAAUUAUUAACACAAGAUCAGGAGACGUACUUACCUGCAUAUAUAUUUUAUGUAUAAUAAAGAUCGAUCAUAUAUAGUUUUGUUAGUGAU